CACUUGCGGUGAUCAAGCGACAAGAUGCCCAGGGAAAUAAUAACAAUCCAAGCCGGCCAGUGCGGUAACAAUGUUGGCGCGCAAUUCUGGCAACAGCUUUGCCUUGAGCACGGCAUAAGUCAAGAUGGAAACCUCGAGGAUUUCGCAACCGAAGGCGGCGAUCGUAAAGAUGUCUUCUUCUAUCAGAGUGAUGAUACCCGCUAUAUCCCCCGAGCGAUCUUGCUGGACCUAGAACCCAGGGUCCUCAAUGCCAUCCAGGCUGGUCCGUACCGAAACAUCUAUAACCCCGAGAACUUCUUUAUUGGGCAACAGGGCAUUGGCGCCGGAAACAACUGGGGCGCGGGCUAUUCCGCGGGCGAGGUCGUGCAGGAGGAGAUCUUCGACAUGAUUGAUCGAGAAGCGGAUGGUAGUGAUUCCUUGGAGGGGUUUAUGUUCCUGCAUUCAAUUGCAGGAGGUACAGGUUCCGGUCUGGGUAGUUUCAUUCUCGAGCGCAUGAAUGAUCGGUUCCCAAAGAAGCUGAUCCAGACAUACUCUGUCUUCCCCGAUACCCAGUCGGCGGAUGUUGUGGUCAACCCAUACAAUAGUUUACUGGCGAUGAGAAGGUUGACGCAGAAUGCGGACUCUGUGGUGGUGUUGGAUAACGGCGCUCUGUCAAGAAUCGUUGCGGACCGACUUCAUGUGCAGGAGCCUUCGUUUCAGCAAACGAACCAACUUGUGUCCACUGUUAUGUCUGCUUCUACGACGACCCUUCGAUACCCCGGCUAUAUGCACAACGACCUCGUCGGAAUCAUUGCCUCCCUCAUCCCUACACCGCGCAGCCACUUCCUGAUCACCUCGUACACCCCAUUUACCGGCGACAACAUCGAGCAGGCCAAGACGGUGAGAAAGACUACUGUUCUGGAUGUCAUGCGCCGUCUGCUGCAGCCCAAGAACCGCAUGGUUUCCAUCAACCCCAGCAAGUCCAGCUGCUACAUCAGUAUUCUCAACAUCAUCCAGGGCGAGGCAGACCCGACAGACGUGCACAAAUCCCUUCUCCGUAUUCGAGAGCGGCGUCUGGCAUCGUUCAUUCCAUGGGGCCCGGCCAGCAUUCAAGUCGCUUUGACCAAGAAGUCGCCCUAUAUACAGAAUACCCACCGUGUCAGCGGUCUGAUGCUGGCGAACCACACGUCCGUCGCGACGCUGUUCAAACGAAUCGUUCAGCAAUACGACCGUCUGCGGAAGCGCAACGCCUUCUUGGAACAGUACAAAAAGGAGAGCCCCUUCAAGGACGGGCUGCACGAAUUCGACGAGGCCAGAGCGGUAGUCAUGGAUCUUGUGGGCGAAUACGAGGCCGCAGAAAAGGAAGACUACCUGGAUCCGGACGCAGGGAAGGAAGAGAUGGUGAUGUAAAUAUGCUAGUGCCUGUGCUUGCGAUGUUCCGAUUUGCUUUCCUCGUCUUCUUUUUCUUCACGACUUCAAGGGUUGACCGGUGUAAUCCGAGUGGCAAGGGCGUUUUCGUUUUUAACUAAAUACCUCUAUUAUUCCAAUGACAUGAUUUUGCGUUAUUUG